UCCAUAAGCUAGCAUCAUUGGGGUGAGGUCGUUGUGUUUAUUUUAUUUUCAAUGCCUUGCAAGUUAGUGGUUCCCAGAAGAUUGUAGCCUACCUUAUUAGCGUCGACUGGCAUAUUUAUCUUUCAUGUCAUUGCUUAACCAUGCCUGGAUGACUGCUAUAUUUAUACAUGCACAAAGUGCUUAUUCCUUUGGUGCUUCCAGAUUAUCAAGGUAUGAGCAGAGCAGCGAGGGAUGAGAAAAGUGGUGCAUCUAGGAGGAAGGGAUCUAGAGACAGCAAUGGGCAAAACAAUCCUGUGGAGGCAGCAAGAGGCAGUUCUCGACAAAUCACUAUUAAGAGAGAAAAGCAGCGCAAGGGUCCAAUGGAAGAAUUUGGUGAAGAACAAGGUCUCCAUCAUUUGGCGUCAAGGAAGGGAAGACCAUGUCAUCAUUUGGCCAGUCCAGGUCCCCAUGCCCCUGUAUCUUCCAUCGAAGCCGGGUUCCGCGAGCUAAGGUUGCAGGGGAGAAUGAACGUGCAAGUUUGCAGCAUCAAAUGUUUUUCUACAUUUGAUGGGUAGCUAAAUUAGUUUGAUUUCACGGAUGAUGGAGCCUUGCUGUGUGCCGUAGUUCCUGGUGAAGAAAUAUUUGUUAGGUCUAUGUAUGUGUGUACUGGAGUUGGUGCAUCUCCAAGGAAGAACGAAACCCUUAUUCCUAUCUUAUCAUAUGCUACACUUAAAUGCAAAGUGUUAGCUAUGUUAACUGCUGUUUCAAUCCCUUGUUUGAAAAUGUGAUUGAUUACAAAUUGCGCAUGCUCAAGUAUAUAUUUGUAAAAAGAAGUCCUCCUUAAUUUUUGAUUAAAAAGGGUUUGGGUUGGCGCUUGAAGUGUUUGCUCAUAGCUAAAGUUACUACACAUUCAUGAUUUUAAAUGGGUAUUUGCGCACAUCUCACUGUAGAUAACAAGGCACCAUUUUUUUUAAUUGUGGACAAGAAGUCACCAUUCUUUUUUUAAAGGGUGUUAAAUUUGUCAUCAUAUGUGUUUGCCCACAACUAAACCAACUAAAUC